ACGCAUCGUUUGAAUUUUUCUAGUAGAUAUCUCGCGCGGUCGUAUGUGUGCUUCACCACCUGGCCUGUGAGGCUCGUCGCCUGACGCUGACCGCCCAAGAUGGCGUUGAGUCGAGCUUCCGCGGCGUUGAUUCUACUAUCGCUUCAUAUUGUCUCUGGGAUCGCGGAUGCAGGCUUCGCUGCAUUUGGCGAUGCGGCACUUUUCGAUGAGCCCGGUGUGGGCUUCACUACGCGGUAUCAUUUUGGAGCACAGCCUGCCCGCCAGCUAGAGCGACGACAAAGCGGCUGCGAGGCUGGUCAUCAUUUGUGUGCCGAACUGGGCGAGCUGGGCAUGGGCCAUUGCUGUCCCAACACCCAGUUUGACUGCCUUUUCAAUAGCUCAUGGGCUGUAAGCUGCUGCCAAUUUGAGUCAAAUUGCGGCCAAGUAUGUGCUGGAAAUAGUAUCUCAUGCAACGCCACGACCACCAUCACGAGCUUGAUUACGCCCUCGGGAACAGCGUCAUCUUUCGUCGAGGAAGUUACAAGGACAAGUGGCUAUUUGGGCUGCUGUCCACGGUCAUGUGCAAGCACUGCUUUCAAGUGCCCGUCAUCGAUAGGCGCCCACUGCUGUCUUUAUGGCGAAGACUGUGUCACUGGUGGCUGUGUCGCCCCAGGGACGUCAAAGCCGACAUUGGUACCCACAUAUAACGGCUGCUCAAGUACCAACAUGUUUUCCUGCGCCACCGGAGUAGGAUGCUGUACCAACGGACAAGCAUGCACGACCAAUGACGCUGGUCAGGGGGUUUGCACAGGCCUACCCGGCAACGUCACCGUUAGCCACGAGCUCUCACAAGGCGCCAAAGCCGGUAUUGGAGCCGGCGUCGCCAUCGCCGCCGCAGCCGUCAUCGGAGCCCUGGCGUGGUUCUGCCAACAUCGGCGCCACGAAGCCCGCACCGCCGAAGCCCGCACCCCCACCUACCGCAGUCGAAUCCAGAGCCCAGGCCCCAAUGCGGAGGAGAUCAUGUCCGAAACCAGCGGGCCCUCCCGGGUCGGCGGACCCCACCAGAAUGGGCUUGUAUACGAGUACUUCGGCCCGGACGCCAUUCCCGGACCGUACACGUGCACGGAGCAGGAGUACACACAGCGCGAGACGCCGAGCGUGCUCGAUCGCGGUGUGCCCAUAUGUCCUCAAGGGCCGGGCGACAUCAUGAGUGCCGUAGAGCUGGAUGCGGAGGUGACUGGUGCUGAGAGAGAUGAAGGAGUGCGGACGCCUACUGCGACAGUUACGCCGGUGUUGGAGCAAGAGCAGGGGCCGUUCGAGCUGUGGGUUCCGCCAGGGAGGAGCCCGUCGCCGCUGAGUCCGGACGAGAGGGGCCCGUCGUCACCGGGCAGGUUUUCACCGGAUCCGCGUUAAGUCACACUGGGAGAUUUUCAAGAUUCUUGAUUGCAGAAUUGAGGUAUAUUUUCCUAUAGCCCGCUUUAAUGGACUCAGAUGCCCGUAAAACCAAGUGAGCGAACACAUGUACAGACAGACACACGAAUUAUAUAUGAUACCCUCCAUCCUUUCGCCUUGCCUGAAGAAAACGAACCAACGCCUUUGGCCCCUAACCCCGUUAGCCGAUGCCCU